GCGAUUGGUGGCCGCUGUGGGGUUUGCCACUCGAGAUUCUCAGUCUCUGACAACGAAGCGAACAUGGAAAAAGAAACAAAAAUAAAUUAAAAAGAAAAAGAAAGAGAAAGCUCAACUAGCAGUAGAGUGAGUCUAAACCCUCUCCUUCUUCCAACCAACUUCAUCAUCUUCUUUACAGGGUUAUUACCUAUCAAACCGUCGUCGUUUAAGGGCUAAGCUGUCCUAAAGUCAUGGCGCCUGCCGUGGACAACACCCUCCAAGCUAUAUGCUACAAGCGUGGUUCACUUCAGCUACUCGAUCAGAGAAAGCUUCCUCUGGAAACUGUUUAUUUGGAUAUUCGAGAUGCCACUGAUGGAUGGCAUGCCAUAAAGGAUAUGGUGGUCCGUGGUGCCCCAGCCAUUGCAAUAGCAGCAGCCCUUUCGCUAGCAGUUGAAGUGUUCAACUUGGAGGGUUUAGAUGGGGCCGUCAAUGAUUCAGUUUCUUACCUUAUCAUGAAAUUGGAUUAUCUUGUCUCCAGCCGGCCAACAGCCGUCAAUCUUUCAGAUGCUGCGACAAAACUUAAAGAAGUGAUCUCAAAUGCUGCUGCUACUGCUACAGAAGGCAAAAGUGUUUUUCAAGCCUAUAUAGAAGCUGCUGAAAUGAUGCUCGAAGAUGAUGUUACCUCAAAUAAAGCUAUUGGCUCAUUUGGAGCUAAUUUCAUUCUUUAUCAGCAGCUCAACAACCCUGAAAAGCUUUCUGUACUGACCCACUGUAACACUGGCAGUCUUGCAACAGCUGGAUUUGGUACUGCUCUUGGUGUUAUCCGCGCACUUCAUGCCGAAGGGGUAUUGGAAAGGGCCUACUGCACAGAAACACGUCCUUUUAACCAAGGAUCUAGACUUACAGCCUUUGAGUUGGUACAUGAGAAGAUACCAGCCACUCUUAUAGCAGAUUCUGCUGCAGCGGCAUUAAUGCAAGCUGGGCGUGUGAAUGCUGUUGUUGUUGGAGCAGAUCGUGUGGCUGCAAAUGGUGAUACUGCCAACAAGAUUGGAACCUAUAGCCUUGCUUUGAUUGCAAAACACCACAAUGUUCCAUUUUUUGUGGCUGCACCCCUGACUUCCGUCGACCUGUCUCUUUCAACUGGAAAAGAAAUAGUGAUAGAAGAAAGAUCCCCAAAAGAACUACUGAACUCGCGAGGCGGGCUUGGAGAGCAAGUUGCUGCGUCUGGAAUAUCUGUUUGGAACCCUGCUUUUGACAUUACGCCUGCUAAUCUGAUAACUGGCAUCAUAACGGAGAAGGGUGUCAUUACAAAAGCAGAUAUUGACGGAUUUGACAUAAACGGUUUUGUACAAAAGAUAGCUGGGUAGUAUGGUGCGCAGAGGAACCCUCGUCGGGCGAAAAGUCCAACCCAGUUAUCGAAGCUAUGUUCUGUUUGCCCAAAUAAUUGUGAGAUUCACCAGUUUCUUGCGCUUACGUUCGUUUCUCGAUAUACAAAUUUCUCAUUACGCAAGCUGCUAUUGCUUUCUUUUUAAAAGUGAUUGAAGUAUCCUGCCAUGUGCUUUAAUUCUCAGAGAUUAGAAUACAUUGUUCACGUCUUUUUUUGGAUAAUAAAGCAUACACAUUCGUGGUUGGGUCAA